GAGGACGGGCCGGCCAUCAAUGGGGGGACCCUGGCCCUAUCCUCCGAUGAUGACUCGUUGUUGGAGAGGGAACCCCCGGAGCCUCCUGUUCGGACUGAGCCGUGUGAGAGCUGCCGGCACCGGGGGAGAUGAGGAAGGAGAGGACGGUGAAGAGGAGGCUGGGCCUGGCCGCCCUGCUAUACCUUCUCUUCAUGGGGGCCGAGCUGCUAGGUGGAUACUUUGCUAACAGCCUUGCAAUUAUGACUGAUGCACUUCACAUGCUAACUGAUCUCAGCAGUAUUAUUUUGACCUUGCUCGCACUGUGGCUUUCUGAAAAGUCUCCCAACAAACGUUUCACCUUUGGAUUCCAUCGCUUGGGUACGUUC